AGCAGUAUCAUGAUCUAGAAGCCAUGGACACCAAAGACUUUGAUGUGGUCCGCAUUGCGAGAAGCGAUGGAGUCGACACCGGGCCCGGGUACUGGCCAGUGGUGACGCCCACGCCAACAGCCGCCAGUGCCAGCAAGAAGGCGGGCAAGGAAACCACUGCCGCAGACAAGGCUCCACGGACAAAGCCCCAGAUGACAAGGCUGGCAGAGGACGACCCGAGGUUUGCGGAGUGGCGGAUCAAGCUGGGAAUUCUGUUGAAGCAGGAACUGUCGCCCACGCCCGACGAAGGAAACCCGUGGUAUGUGCAUUUCCCACGAGGCUACUGGCUCUAUGAAAAGUCAAAGCAUCUGUGGGUGUCCGGGUACCCCAUCAAGUCGAAGCUGUUUAAGAGCCCUCAGGAGUUUGGUGUUCACUUGAUUUGGCUGCUGUCAGCGUCCAAGGACUACGGCGACUGCUGCUGUGUUCACUGUAACACGCCCGCUCCAUCCAAGGGCCCAGCUGCUUCCGAGGAGCCGACAGGCCAGACCGCACCGACACAACCUCCUAUUCAAGCCCUGGGCGAAGCUCCAGCUAGAACAGAGAAACCUGAGAGACCGGUCAAGGUGACGCCUGUCCCUCUGCCCCCAAUUCCAGGCCAGCCACCUCAAAGGCCGCCCAGCAUCACGCCUCGCCCACAAGCAGCGCAGCCUCAGCAACCCUCACAAGCGCAGCCUCAGCAGCUGCCACAACAAAAACCGAUCCAGCAAACUCCUGUACCGCUGCCCGCGCACAUCCAGUCGCCGGGCCAGCCUACACCAACCGCUCAGCCCCCUCAGCUUAUACAACCAAACCCGUCCCAACCAGUCCCUGCGGCUGUCAACAAUCCUCCCACCCAGCUGCCUGCUGCUGUUGCUACUGCAGCUCUCACACCCCAGCAGCAGCCAAAAGCCCAGGCUAUACAGUGGUCCUUAAAGAGCCCACUGCUGUUCCGAGCUGGCGAGCUCGUUUGGUACCAGACUGGCAAUACCUGGCGGCUUGGAAUCAUUUCAAGCCCCGGUAACAUGACCCCCAACGGCGUCACAUUUGAGCUAUUACCAAUCGGCCACGCCGUGGUGCCUCAGCCAAACGUGACCAAAGCUGAGGCCGACCUGCGGCCAUUCCACUGCUACAGCGUUCCGUCUGUAGACAUUGCCGAGCUCAAAGACAAGGUGUUUGACGAGGUGCCCUGGGAGAGCCUGUUUCAGGCUGCCGGGAGCAACGCCGUCCGCCGGGACCUGAUCAACCUCGACGCUUCGAAAAUGGCGGCCUCCAAGGUCGACUUCUCCCACUCGCUCUGGACCCGACGCGGCGACGACCCCACCGGCAAGGCCGUGUCCUAUUACGGCUGCUUCUUCGGAGCUGAGCGGCUCGAGAUCGGCGAUGCCGUACGGGUGAAAAUGGCAGGGGCCGAGGCGAACUCGAGCCAGACCACCGUCAUGGGCCUGCUGCACAUCUUCACCAGCGCCGACUAUCCCGGCUCCGUCUUCUUCCGCGGGCCCAUCUACCAGCUGUCCAAGGGCCCCAGCGCCGCCGCCAUCGGGGGCACCGUCAUCGACGACGACAAGGACAAGCUGCCCCUCGCGCUGCAGGAGGAGGUCCGGUGGCGGGCGCAGGUCACGCGGGGCCGGCAGUGGUGCUGGGUCCUCAUCAAGGACAACGUCGUCUUCAAGGAGCAGUCCAUCCGGGGCCGCUUCUACCCCACGCACCGGCUCAUGCCCAUCUACAACCCCAACGAGUUCGGGGCGCUGGUCGCCGGCCAGCAGCCGCUGAGGGAUCAGCACAUAUACCUGAACAACCGCAUGGAUGGCGCGGGCGGGAGACAUAUCGGGCGCAAGGCGAAUCGUCUUGAUACCCUGGGGCCUUGUGUGCCUCAUACGGCGAGGUUGAUGCUCGAGCCGCAUAUUCAGGAGGAGUAGUU